AGAAAACCAAAAUUAAUUAAAAGAGGAAAAUAAAAACAUAAGGAAACAAAAAAUUAGAAGUUAAAAUAGAAAAACAAGUGCAGAAUAUCAAGGAUAGAGAAGUCAGCUAUCGAGGUGGAAGCUUUAUGUCGUGUUUUAUGCAGACAACUAGGAAUCUGAAUUUCUGUUGGUUCCAACGGUCAGUCAUUUCUUGGGGCCAAAGGAUUUCUUUGUAAUUUUCAGCCCGCCCCCUUUAUUGUUUUUUCUCUAUCCUUCUCCUAUUGGUUAAUCUUGGUGGUGAUACUGAUGAUGAUGAUGAUGAUGAUUUUCUUCUUUCAAUUUCUCUGUUAAUCAUAAGCUUCAUCAACAGGUUCUAUUGUCAAAUAUUGAAUUUGCUGAUAUAGAUUUGAGAAAAGGUGGAUUGUUUCUAUAUUUGUUGAAUGAUUGACAUGAAUGGGCCCAGAUAGGCUUAAAUGGAUGUUGGAGACUCAUAUAACCGCCCCCAAUUAGUAUUGGAUUGAGGAGCAAAGCGAUUGUUGUGGUUGUUGUUAUUGUCAUUGUGUUUAUUGAUCAACAGGCGCUCAUUGGUUUGGUUCCCUGGAAAUGUAAUGUGAUUUGGGGAGUUGAAUUUUUUUUGUGGCAAUGGCUGCAAGAGGGAUUUCAUCUGGUAAACAGAGAAAUCCGCGGGGAUUUAUGACAGUAUUGUCUUCUGCGGCUUGUGAAUGGUUCUUGAUCUUUAUGUUGUUUCUAGAUGCGGCAUUGUCAUACAUGAUCACCAAAUUUGCCAGUUACUAUGAGUUGCAGACGCCAUGUAUGUUGUGCUCACGGUUUGAUCAAAUAUUUGGGAACAAGAAAAUUGGAUGUUACAGGAGACUUUUGUGCAGAAACCAUAAAGAGGAGAUAUCAUUUCAAGUGUUUUGUCAUGUUCAUGGUAAUCUUGCUGAUGUUCGUGCUAUGUGUGAAGAAUGUCUUGUUUCAUUUGCUACUGAGAACGUACUUGUUAAAGAGUCGGAUAAUUUGAUGAUGGCUAAACUGGGGAAUAAGAGUUUUAUACCUAGUUCUCCUGGCCCGUGGAGCUGUUCUUGUUGUCACAAGACGUGGAGAGCUCGAUCAAGUGCUCAAAGAUUGCUCCAGCUAACUUCAGUUGGUUUUGGUGCUUCUAAGGCCAAUGUUAAACCUCCUCUACCACGAGCACCAGGUCGUAGCCGUUUCAGCCGCCGUGAUAGCUUUAAGAAAAUCAGGGAUAAAAUUUCUGGGCCAGACUCACCUAGGGCAAGGACUGCUGGUGUUGACCCUUUAUCACAUGUAGGAUAUACAGAACUGAAGAUUACUUCAGAUUCUGAGUCUGAAAUCCAGAUUUCUGAUGAUGAUGACGGAUGUUCUGCUACUCGCGGUAAAAAUGAUUCUAGAUCAGAAGAUAAUGGUCGAAGUGGCAAAGGAAUAACACAGAAAGUAGGAACUGAGGCUGCGACUCCAGAGAAUCAGGUUCGACAAUCAUCUGAAUCCAGGCCUUCUCUUCUGGAUCCGCCAAUGCAGCUGGCCGCCAGCUCGGGCAAAAAUGUGUGUUUUCGGGCAUGUGAUGAUUUUGUAGGGCAUGGCUUAGCAGAACUUGAUUGGGAAAAUCUUUCUCCUAAGGCUAGUCCUUCGGUAAUGCCAGAGCUCAUUUCAUUGGAUAAUAUCACCCAGUCGCCCAACAUUUUAGAAAAUCAUCACACAUCAGGAGUGAUUUCACAGCCGAACAUUUUUCUCCCUCGUAUCUCAGACCUCUCUGUACUGUCGGAGCUCAUAUCAGCAACCAAUUUGCCUUCUUCGUCCAGUAUUAACAUCCAAGAGACAAAUUUGACUGAAGCAACUGAUGAAGGAAACAACAUAACUGUGAAGACUAAUGCGAAAGCUCCAGUUGAUUUAGAUGACAGUGCUCCAUCUAUACCAAACCAAAUUCAAGCAGAUAUAUCUGCUCUGAGCUACAGAGAGAGAAAAGUAUCAGAUAGGCAUGGAGAACCAAGUGCAAUAAGUGAUGCUGGAAAAGCUGGAGAAGGUAUGAAGUCACUCCCCCAACUUUCUACUUCUGAGAUGGAUGGAAAUCAAACUGCAAGUCAUAGGAAUAAUGAUCAUGGCGAUGACCACCAAAGAAGUGAUGCCUCUAGCUCCGACGGGGUACGUCUGCGCCCAAAAUCUACCUUCGUGGAGAGAGAUGAUUCUGGUAAUGAACCAGCAGAUGGAUUCAGCAUCAAUGAAAUUGAGGGCGAAAGUAUUGUUGAUAGGUUGAAACGACAAGUUGAACAUGAACGUCUGCGUCCAAAAUCUACCUUCGUGGAGAGAGAUGAUUCUGGUAAUGAACCAGCAGAUGGAUUCAGCAUCAAUGAAAUUGAGGGCGAAAGUAUUGUUGAUAGGUUGAAACGACAAGUUGAACAUGAUCAGAGAUGCAUAAAUGCUCUGUACAAGGAACUGGAGGAAGAAAGGAGUGCUUCAGCCAUUGCUGCAAAUCAGGCAAUGGCUAUGAUCACAAGGUUGCAAGAGGAGAAGGCAUCACUUCAUAUGGAAGCUUUGCAAUAUUUAAGAAUGAUGGAAGAACAAGCCGAGUAUGAUAUGGAGGCACUAGAAAGAGCUAACGAUCUCCUUGCUGAAAGGGAGAAAGAGUUGCAAGAUCUGGAAGCAGAAUUAGAAUUAUUUAGGAAUAAUUAUACAGAUGAAUUAGCAGCAGAGGAUCCAGGCAAGGAGGAUAAAAACCAGAAAGGGGAAAAAGUAAUGACUGAGAAUAAUAGUCUAGAUCAUAUUGAGAACAAGCUCAGUGGCAGUUCAGAUUCGAAAACUAUUAAAAUAUCCAAAAACUGUGAUAAACCUAGAGAGUUUAACGAUUCAAUAUGUAACUUCGAGGAUGAAAAGCUCCGCAUUUCACAACAUCUGAAGAACUUGGAGAAAAAGCUUUUUCAAGUUUCUGGCAGACAGGUGUCAGAUAAUGUUCCUUAUAAUGGAUAUUCAGAAAGGAUAGAGAAAGAUGUUGAUGAUCAUGUCAAGAAAAAAACUGCUGAUAUGAGAAGUACUAAUUCCCAACAGGAGGAGAGUUCUUCAUCCACGCGCAAUGAUUUUCCAAAAUCAAAUGGAGGCUCCACUGACAAGCCUGCCGAUUUAGGCAAUGGUAUUGUUAGUGAAGAUAAGAAUAAUUUGGACAUUAAGCAUAAAAAAGUUUCCUCUCUUGGAGGUGAAAUUGAUGUAGCUGCUAUGGGGAAUGAAAUUUCAGAGCUUAAUGGGAGGUUACAAGCACUUGAGAAUGACUGUAAUUUCCUCAUGCAUGCUUUUAACUCGCUCCAGAAUGGACAUGAGGGUAUACAGUUUAUUCAGGAAAUAGCUCAUCGGCUGCAAGAAAUACGGAAAAUUGAGAUUAAGACGAGAUGACCUUUUUUGAAGUUUCAAGUAAUACAAGAUUCUGCUGCUGAGCUUUUCGUGCCAGAAGAGAGAAGCUGCAGAGAGAUGCAUCACUAUUUACAGCUCAUAGUAGGAAAGGAGAAGCCAAACUGCAGAUAACCAACCGGAAAAAAAGGAAGCAGCCAAAUAUACAGCGUGCCACUUCUCCUCUGUUCUUUGCAAAGAAAUAGUUUUCAUGAUCGCGAACUGGUCUGAGGUUCUGUGUUUUAGCCUCUUAAAUUGGUUUUGAUUAAAAAAGUUACAGAUUGUCUUUUCUUUUUUUGUUUCCUUUUCCUCUUUUUGGUCCUUUUUUCACAAUUUUGUUAGUUGUAAAUGUGACUGAAUGGUCGGGUUUUGGUGUAAGUUUUGUAUAUUUUUCUCAACGAUGGGCUUUGUUACCAGGUUUUACAAGUGUAAAUGCAGAUAGGUUCUUCAGGGACUUCCUAAUUUGCUUCUUGUGUUGACAACCUCUCUCUGUUGUUUUAUUUUUUCUUUUUCUGUUCUUGUUUCUUCA